GAAACCACUGGGAAAGAUGCAUAACAGGUGUGCCAGGUUCCCUUAGGUAGGCUAGUGCAUUCCCACACCUCAACAUUCUCUCAAACCCCUUAAUGGGUCUGCUCACUCUUUGGCCGUGCCGUGUCUUCCCACUUCUGACAUCAAUGUAGUGAACUGGGCGGUGGUCUGACUCCGCAUACAAUAACACCACUGUCUGACUCUGAACACACGGAUUUAUGUUUAUCCAUGCAGCAUUGUAACAAAGCAGACUUCUGAUCCGCAGGUAGAGGAAUAGAUAACGUCACACAAGCGCCAUAGUUCGCGUACAGAAUCGGCAUCAUCAGAACUUUUUAAGGAGGAAAAAUCACCAAACAUUACUGAAUAUCCGACCAACCUCCUUGACGUCAGAUAGUUGCACUUGCAUGAAAGAGAUGUGGACUUCCUCGAAUUUGGGAUUUCCAAAAGGACAGGAAACAACUUUACUACAUCAUUUUAUUUUUCGUCCUUCGUUUCCAGGUGAAAUGAGGCUCAGCAUGAGACUUGCUUACCUUUUCCUGUAUAACCUGCUUCAGUUCUGUGGGCACACAUGGAUAUUUGCAAACAUGACAGCCAGGUUUCUCACAUUUGGUGGAGACGCGCUAGCUGACACCUUCUAUGCUGUGGGGGUUGUGAUGAGUCUAUGCCAGCUGUUGUCCAUGCUGGAGCUUUUCCACAUCGCUGAUGGGAUCGAGAAGGGAUGCCUUCUUCCACGGUUUGUUCAAGUUAUGACGAAAAACUUCCUACUGUUUAUGGUGAUAAUCAGUCAAGAGGAGGUCCAGAGUAAACCAGUUGUGUGUGCACAGUUUUACCUGUGGAAUAUUCUAGAUCUGUUAAGGUACCCCCAUGUACUCCUUUGUUUGAUGGGCACGGAUUCCUUUGGCAUGCUGUGGGCUCGAUACACCCUGUCCAUCCCCAUCUACAUCAUCUCAGUCAUCACAGAAGGCAUUACCGUUCACCAAUCACUGCCUUACUUUGAGUCACUGGGAACAUACUCAUUCCAGCUCAGCCUGCCUGUGUCUGCACACAUUUAUUUCCCUAUCCUCCUGAAGGCAUACUUACCUUUACUGGCUGUUGGGGCUUGUGUAACAGUGUGGCAUUCGCUGAGGGAGAGAAAACUGCGUCUUGGGAAGUGGAAUAAGAUGAAGAAACGGAAAUGAGGUGGAUUUCUUAUUUUAGGAUAAAUCAUUUUGGGAGUUACUUUUAUAUUUGGAGUUUUAUUGUUGUACUUUGGCAGUUACUUAAGAAGAUUACCCAACAGCAAAUGAGAACAACAUCUUCCUAAGAAGCCUUCUUUGCACAACAUCACUUUGAUGAGGUCACACUUAUGUAAUAGUUGGAUAACCAAAAUGUUUAUAAACGUGUUCAGUUGA